AUGGCCAGCUUCCCCUGGCCCUCCUCCUCCUCCUCCCGCGGGGGCCCUUCCUGGCGGGCCUCUCCCUCUUCUCCGGUGGAGUACGUUCCGGUGGGCUUCCCCCCGCGGAGCCUCCUGGACCAGCUGCUGGGGGAGAUGCAGGGCCACCUGCAGGAGAUGGAGAGGAUGCGCCUGGUCCUCACCGAAGCCUACCCCCGGCUGGGAUGCUGGAUGGACCCCGAGCCCAGGAGGCACCAGCAGCAGCAGCCCCGCUGGGAACGGAUAGACAUGGAGCCCCGAGAAGGAGGAGGAGGGUACCGCUUCAGCCUCGAGGUGGCCGGCUUCCUGCCCGAGGAGAUGGCCGUCAAGGUGAAUGGGAGGAAGCUGACUGUGAGCGCCAAGCAUGACAAGAGGAGCGAGAGCGCCGACGGCUGCCUUUCACACGAGUACCGCGAGGUGCGCAAAGAGCUGCUCUUGCCUGAUGAUGCCAACCUCCAGGCGCUCACCUGCUGCUUCAGCCCCGACGAAGGGCGCCUCCACUUAGAAGCCCCCCGCAUGGCUCUGCCGCCCACCGAGGCAAAGGCCAUCCCAAUCACCAUCUGCAAGGGCCCCGAAGCAGGCACCCCAACGGCCCCCGCCAAAGAGCCCCUGCCCUCCGCCAGUCCGGAGAAAGGAGCCACAUCCAAGUGAAGAUUGGAAAGUGCACCAUCCACCCCUUUGGAAGAGUUGGCCUGUUCACCCCGUUGGUGAUGCUCUUGGAAAGCAAAGCCUGUGCUGCUUUUAAGUUGGUCGUUACUGUUACGUGUCCCUCCAUUUUGGGGGGGGGGCCGGUUCACUAGUUUCUGCCGGUUCGCCCCAUCUAGUUUUGGAUCUCCUUUUUUUAGAUCCUAAAAGGAGAGAGUAGGAGUGAUUCCAAAGUUGGAAAAAGUUGAGCAAACUACAAAACAUCUCCACGUUGGAAAAGUGUAAAAAAGAAUGGGACUGGAAAGAGUUGUUUUGGUUGGU